AUGUUGGGUGAGGAGGAACGUGGGACCACCGGCCAAAAUCCACGAUCCACAGCAGCGACCUGGUGUCUGAACAAGUCAGAGGCUCAUGAGGGGAUUGAGGAUUCGUGGAGGAAGACCGUAAGGGAUGCAGCACAUAUAUCUGAUUUAAAAAUAACAAUUCCCGGAUCGGGGAACGCCAGGGGAGAUGUAAACAUCCAGCAGCCGCCGGGCCCUCGCAGCGCCCGUGGUCCCUACGGAGAGAAACGCUGCCGCCUCUGCGGAAAGUUCGAAUCGUCUUGCACCGCGAGAAAACCCGUGGUGUCGUGGCUGGAGAGGGAGGAGAAACCUUUUUUGAAAGGUGGGGCUACUGUGAUCCACUAUAAGAAGAAGAAAAACCCUGUGGAUGUGGCUCCUUCCGAUUACCGGGAAGGCGUGUGGGAUUUGCUCGAUUUAGAAGCGGGUCGGGCCUGCUACCGGCCCAUAACUGCAAAAAAAGGUUCACAAAAGACCAAGAAGGAAGAAACGAAAAAGAAACCAGUCCCUAGGAGGCGGCCGCUGAUGAGCAAGCCUGUGGAUGAUGUGUACUUGACGUGGUAUUAUGAGCGGCCAUCCUACGGUGUGGAAGAGGCUGUGGGUAUGCUAAAGAAAUUUCAGCAGCUGGACUUCACUCACCCCAAACAGUUUGUCUACAUUAACGUCUUCCUCGAUAUGGCACUACAGAAGAAGAAAAAAGUGGAUCCAUUUGCAAGCACUGUUCUUCUUCCGUAUCGCUUUUCAGAUGAAGUGAAUAAGGUCUUGGUUUUCACAGAGAAUGAGCAAGAAGCUGAAAUAGCUCGAGAGAAUGGAGCUGCUGUUGUGGGAGGAGUUGAAUUAAUCAAAUGGAUUUUGGAAGAUGAAAUCCAAGUGGACUUUUAUGUAGCUGUUCCUGCAAUAAUGCCUAAGCUAAUACCGUUAAGGAACAAACUAAGACGAAAAUAUCCAAGCACAAAAAGAAAUUCCCUGGGCCAUGAUAUUCCCAAAAUGCUGCAACUCUUCCGAGAAGGUCUUGAGUACAUGGUAGAAGACGAGCGUGUAAUCAAGACGAGAAUAGCAAGACUGGAUAUGCCUACUGAGCAGAUAGUUGCCAAUCUCAAAACGGUUAUCCAUGAUAUCUGCACGUUCAAGCCAGCAGCUUACGGUCCUUUUGUGCAGAAGUUGGUUAUUAGAUCUUCAACCAGCGAAGGUUUGCUCUUGAACCUCGAUGGACUUCUACCUCAGGUGGAGGCAGUAGAAGAAGAAGAAAAAAAUGCAGAAGAUAAUGAAGAAAAACACGUCCAAGAAUCUGUUACUACCUGA